CGGAGCGCAGCGGACCUGUGUGAGAGCAGUUUGUGACUGAGAGACAGAGGGAGCAACAUCGACGCCGUACGUGGAGCGUUUGAGCAUCACGGACAUUCACCGCAACGAUAAAAACUGAAAUAACGUGACAAUACUCGAAAGAUACUUUUUUUUUUAAAGGCGUCCUCUCACCGGUUUUAUACGCUCUUGUUUUAAUGUUAUUUUUUGUACUGGAGGGGAACGACGAACGGGGCUUCACUGCGGCUAAUCAAUUUUCCUCUUCCAGACCUGGGAAUUACAAUGAAAAAUGUAGGUGACACAUUUUCUCUCACAAUCCAGGAAUCACAAUAGCGAAGAAGGCGAAGAAGAAAGCAGGGGGAAAAUGGUGACGGGUGCCGCAUCUAUAGGAUCAGCAUCCUCUCUGUGGAGCCCCUGCGUAAAAGAAAAACAGUGUGGAAACUGGUGAACAAGUGAAUGUGAACUCGUGAGAGAAAGAGAGAGAGACUCGCAGAAGAAAAAAGUGGAUGCCACUCUGGAUCUCAACAGGACCGUCCCUGCGCCACAUGGAGGUUUUCUGGGGGGUUUUCUCAGCUGCUCUCAAAGCCGAGGCGCCCCACUAACUAACCCCCCCCCUGGCUCCUUUUCCACUGUUUUUUACUUUGUCGUUGUCGUCGGGAUCAGAGGCUACAGACCUCUUCCGUUCUCGUCUGCUCUUUUGUUCUAAGCGAGACCAAAACCAGGUGCCAAAACUGUGUCAAGAGAAGAAGCAAAAAAAAAUCCCCCCCAAAAAAAUCGAUGAAACUAACCGUCACCAAAUCAGCAUAAGAAGAGUUGAUUUAGUCGUUUAGCUUUGAAAAACCUGAUUUUAUUACCUAGAGUACAGCGUUAUUGCCCACAUGCACGAUUGCAACAUCCUGCAUCCCAUUAAAAUCCUAUUUAAUCUCAACACGUUUGGUCACAGCCCAUUGGAGAGACAUUUCCACAAACUCUAUAUCCAAUUGUCUUCGGUCGUGUGUGUUCGCAUAGCUGCUGCUCUUAAUGCCGAAAAACUGCGAGGCGACGAUCAGUGCAUUAUUGGUUUCCAAGUGCUUUAUAACCGGAUUCCUCCAGCUUGUAAGUCGUGUGUCGCAGAAGAGGCGCGUGGUAGGCGGCGAUAACUCUGCUCUGACGCCCCGCCCGAACAUUUCACAGCCUUCGGCAGGACAGCGUUGACUGGCGGGCGACACGAGCCACGUCUAACCUGAUAAAUAUAGACUCCACUAGCGCCGCCGCCGCCGCCGCUGCUGCCGCCGCCGCUGCUGCUGCCGCCGCCGCUGCUGCUGCUAUCUCAAAGGCUGGGAGACAUCCCGUCGCCUCAGUCCGCGCUGUGAAACACUGUUGACACCUUUCCUAUCUCCUUCUUCCAGUUGCUUGUACGAGAGAGGCCUCUCGCUCUGCGUCGUCUUCUUCUGUUUCUUCCUACACGUGGUCGCUACAACAACCCGAAAGCCGCCUUUAUUCUAAUCCCAGUGACCUCUUAGAUGUUUUUGUGCAUUCUUCCUUAUAUUCUACUUUAAAAACAAAAACAAACAAACAUGCAAUUUAAAACCUUUCACUGUAUUUCUAUUUCCUGCGGAGGUUUCGUAUGAACAUAACCUGAAGCCAUACUGAACACCAGCCAUACAAAAUACCCUUUUUGUUUGUUCUCAUUUACAAACGCCUCACGAUGUUUAGGAUUUCUUCAACAAAGUGAUCUUCGAAAACACAUCAGCGCACAUUCAGGGAGUCAACGAAGACGCUGCUGGUGGAUAGAGCUGGACAUUUCCUACGUUUGGAUGACCGAACGGCUUCGUAAGGUGUUGUUUUUUUCCCCUUCUACCCGUGUCUUAACCUAGAUCGUACCGAAUCUGUGAGCGGACAGCCUGCGGCGUCAAAGUGUGGCAGUGACCCCACCCCCCCCUCCCCGUGUUCCUCUGUCUUGACGGAUGAAUCCGGACAUUUUCAUGUCUGUUCUGUGGGCAGAACCUCUCUGCCCUACUAGAACCGGGCCCAAGCCCUCCUUCGUUCUCUUCUGUUGGGCCAAGCUAAAUUCAGAGCAAAGACACUCACACAAGGGUAUCGAGCGCACAUAGAUCCUCCCCGUUUUUUUUUAAAAACUUUUUUUCUUUGUCGUUUGGUCGCCAGUUUCUUGCUAUUGAUCACUCUUUUGUGAAUGCCUUGACUUGCUCAUUUAUUGUAUUCUCUAGCAGCUGCUGGAAGGAUUUGUUUUCUUGAAGAUUUGAUCCCGCUCGAUGUUCAGUUAGCAGCUUUAUUUGUCAAAACUCACUGUCCGCAACUUCUAAAUUCUUUCUACUCUGAUUAAAACCCAAAUUUCAAGCAUAUUGACCUUUUUUUCGGAUCCUCUUCCCCUAAACCUUUUUGAAAGGAAGAGUUUGUUUAUUGGCAAAUUGCGAGCAAAUCCACAUUUAAGUCCCAGCUUGUUCACUCGCUCGCCGAACCAAGCUGAGAUCUCUGAAGCUGCCAGCACUGUUGUUUACAGACACCAGACACGCAGGGCUCCAAUAUUUGGAUUUGAUAAGAAAACAUAAUUUUUUUUCCAUGUAUGAUUUUACAUAAAACAGGACAAAAAACAGAAGUGCCAAACUCAAACACGAAAACAGCUCACAUCUGUUAGAGCUCAUCCAACGUGAAACAUAAAGUUUACAUACAACGCUAAAUGUUUACAGACUACCGUUUUUUUUUUUCCAUCGCAGUUUUUCUUACAUGAAUCGUAACUUUUCGUGCCAUAAACUCCUCCAAGAAAACUCUUCACUUGGAGAUAUGUAAGACUCUUUUUGUGGAGCGGUCGUUACAUUAAAAAAAGAAUACUACUGUACUGCCUAUUUUGAAGAUUUCGAAUUUUGGCCUAGAGACUGUAAAAAAACAAAGGCCAAAAUUAAAUAUCCGACACCUGCUGCCAUAAAUCUACAUUAUUGUAUAUUUAUAAUCUGUUAAAAGUUUUCAUUUCAGAACGACAGCCAUUCCACAGCCAGUUCGUACGGGGCCUAAAAAAAAAAAACCCUGAAAGACCUCAAUGUUUACAAAAGCUGCUUAAGGGAAGGAUUUGUAUACCAAGAGAAAUGUUUACAUUAAGCUGAAGGAGUGACAUGCCAAACACAUUCACCAUCCAUUGCUCCAGCUAAGUGAAUCCGCUGAACUCCGAGAGAAGCCCUUUGCUCCUGUGCAGUGUGUACAGAACGAGAAAGGGACUAGUUCAUCGCACUUUUCAUACAAGAGGUUUUUAUAAGUCAAAAGGGACGCUGACAAUUCACAUUUGGAGCUGUUUAUGUGAUAUAUUAUUUUUUUUAUUUUUUAUUUUAUUUUUUAACGCCUCAAGAACUUUGUGAUCAAACGAUGAAACCUACAACUCUAAGAGCGAUGUUUUGCUCGUCCCUCGCUCUCCUGCUUUCCUGCUGCCUCGCCGUCUCCACGUUAACCGUCGCCACGGAGAGGCGCGCCGCCGACGGCGACGUCAGGACUCUGACCGCCGCCGGCGGCAGCGGCAAGAAGAGCACCGCCUUGUUCCUCCUGACCGGCUACAAGCCGCCGCUGCCCCCGCUGCCCGCCGGGCCCAAAGUGGCGCCGAAAGCGGCCGAGGUGGAGGACGGAGAUGACCCGCCAGUUGUGGCCGAGCUCCCGCCGAAGCCCCUCCCUCAGACCAUGCUGCCGAGGAACAUGACGGCCGACGCCCUGAAGCCUCCGCUCGGCGCGGCCCAGGUGGCUCCGCCUCCCAGACAGCUGGUGGACGUGGACGUGUGCAGGGGUUACUACGACGUGAUGGGGCAGUUUGACACCACGUUCAACUGCUCCAAGGGCAGCUACAUCUACUGCUGCGGUACGUGCCACUACCGGUUCUGCUGCGAGCACCAGAGGAGCCGGCUGGACCAGGAAACCUGCAACAACUACAUCUCCCCCGUCUGGGCCGACCCACAGGUCCCCGUCACCGUAAACGCAGACAACAAGCCCGACCCGGACUUUGAGACGCUCCAGCAGCAGAACAGCAGCACAGCCUAUGUGAUCGGGGGUGUGAUCUCCUUCACGCUGGUGGUGGCUGUGGGCGUCAGGAUCGCCUUCAGCAAGGUGGCGCGGCGACCCCGCAACAGGGACAUCAACAUGCCCAGAUCACUGGUGGAUAUCUUGCGUCACCAGUCGAGCCCGGUGCAGCAGGGAGAGAGGAACAACACCGCAGCGUUGACCACCACCGCCUCAGACGGACGAACGUCCAAAAACCACUACACCCCCGUCCUGCAGAGCAAAGACAACCGCACUGGGAACAUGCACCACCAUUUUAACCAGCAGGGGUCUGCCUCCAGCCCCAAACACUCUGCUACCAUCGAGCGUGGAGCCCGUAUGAACAACACCUCCCAGCUCUCCUCUGGAGCCCCCCUGCUUUCAGGCAGCGGUAAAGGUCCCGGCGGUGGCGGCGGCAGCGUCCUCGGCGGGAGCAUGAGACACAACAGCAGCCACCCGAACUUCUCCCACUCCUUCCACAACCUGGCCCAGCUGCCGCCGUCCUACGAGUCGGCCAUGAAACCUGAGAUCAACCGCUACAGCUCCCUGAAGAGGCUGGAGAAAGAGCUCGACGAGUACUCCAGCUACUACAACUCCAAGCGUCGCUCCAACAACGCUCCGCCCUCCUUCCACUCCUCGCAGCACUACCUGCCCUGGGGAGGAGACUACACGCUGGGGUCCCGGGGCACGCUGCCCCUCCACGGCUCGCGGCCCCGCCUCCACAUCCCCGCCUCCACCCCGAACCCGUACCCGCUGCCCGCCCAGUCGCAGUACGCCAGCUCCUCCUUCGACCGGCCGCCGCGCCGCGUCCGCUCCCAGGACCAGCUGCUGGCGCUCGGGGAGGGCAACACGCUGUCCCGCCUGUCCAAGAACCAGCAGCACCAGUACUACAAAGCCAUGAUGAGCACCAGCAGGGGCUCCAACUCGCAGACGCUCCGCAGGUCCCACGAGAGGCUUCUGGUCUCCCCCGACCGUCUGGAGGACCGGCUGAUGAUGGGCCUGAUGGGAGGAGGAGGAGGAGGGGGAGGAGGAGGAGGAGGAGGCGGGAUGGUGCCCACUAUGGGCCGGCUCAGCCACCAACAGAAGACCCAGUCGCAGCAGAACAUCUGCGCCACGCCGUCCCUGGAGCGCCACCACAUGAUCAAGAUGAACUCCCACCCGACGCCAGGCCACGACCGCGACCGUGACCGCGACCGCGACCGCAGUUCGGCCGGCAUGCCUGGGAUGGGCAUGCACGGCGGCUGGGACCCCCACGGGGGCCACGGCGGAGGCGGCGGAGCGGGCCACCCCAACGCCCGGCGGAUGGCUUUCGCCAGCAAGAGGCAGAACACCAUCGAACAGCUGCACUUCAUCCCCGGGGGCGGAGGAGUGCAGGGACUGCGGACUGGGAGUAAGAACGAGGUGACAGUGUGAGAGGGCGGGGGAGGGAAAGCGAGAGGAAGAUGAAGAGCGCGGAGCAGAGAAGUGAAGGCUGAAGCUGUGACGAAGCUCAAGAGGCAUUUAGUGGGAAGAUGGAAGUGGCGAGAUGGGCAGGAAAACAGGAAAAAAGAGGUUUGAUCUCAGCUGGCUGCCUCACAGGGCUGCACAAACAGGCCCCCCCUCCUCCCCCUCCCCUCCCCUCCCCUCCCAUAAAACAAAAAAAAGUGGCGGAUGACAACAUUGAUCUCAUAGUGAGUAUAGCCAGUUGAUUUCCUCCUCGUCACAUUUGUGCGUUUUUAAAAAGAGAAUAUUCAGCCAUUCUUCGAAAAAGGGAAGACAGAAAUGUCCACUUAAAAAGAGCAAAAAAUAUCACGAAUGCAGCUCAAAGGCUGCGGGGUAUUCGCCGUGACUUUUAUUGAAGGAUACCCACCGAGUCAAAUUUGUUGAAUUGUCCUUGAGUUGUAUUGCACUGUCCUCCGAGUCCUCCAGAGCGCCGGCGGACCUUCGUCUGUCUUUGAACCCACUGUGGAAGAGAGAGCGCGCCGAGGCAGACGCGGUUCGCAAGUCUUUGGAUUUCUGAUAAAGUGUUGCGAGUUGCUUUUGUAUGGAAUUAACCUGAUAUUAAUAACAAUAGUAUUAACAUUACUGAGCCCUGUAAGACUUUGUGUAACGUAUUUAUCCUUUAGCCAGCCAGUUUGUAACUUUAAAAGGCUGGGAAAACGUGACCUCUCUCUAGUUGUGAUUGGACUAUCAUCGAAGUCAAAACAUUGUCUGCAAAAAAAA